UUGAGCUAGUAGAAUAGAAGAGGACGCGACCUUUACACGUCCCCAUCGAUCCCACCAGACCCACCGAUGGCCGUCGGCGAGGAGGUCAAGCUCUCCAUCUCCGGCGCGGCCCUCGCGGCGCUCCUCCACCGCUGCGGGGCCGCCGCGGGUGACUGCGACGGCCUCCUCUUCGGCCGCGCCCACCGCCCCCCUCCGCCGGCUCCCACCCUUUCCGACUACGACGACCAAGCCCCCGCCGCCCCGUGCCUUUUCAUCUCCAUCUCCGGCCACUCCUCCCUCUCCCACCCCUGCUCCCUCUCAGAUCCCCUCGGCCGCCCCCACCCGCCGCCGCCCUCCUCCCCUUGCCCUCUCGGCUUCUUCUCGUCCCGCCGCCGCGCCCCUCUCCGUGCCUCCAUGCGCGAGCUCGCCCUCGCCUGCUCCCUGUCCAAAACCCUAUCGCCCCUCGCCCACCCGCUCCUCGUCAUCCUCGUCUCCCCCAACACUUCCGACGACCUCUCCACCCACUCCUUCGACUACCGCGCUUUCCUCCUCCUCGGAUCCCGCUUCGUCCCGACCUCGUUCGCCGUCGUCAACGUCGGCCCCGGCUUCCGGGAUCAGUACCACUCCUUCGCCCCGGAGUCGUCCUUCCCGUUGCUCACUCAGCCGUCGCCGCCGGCGGCGCCCGAAGCAGAGGAUGCUUACAGCAUCGGAGAGCAGAAGAAGGUGGAUGCGAUGGUGGACGGGUUUGGGCUAGGGAGGCUGCAAGAGCUCGUGGGUGCUGUGGCCGGGCAGGCCGCGGGGAUGGAUAGCAUGUAUGCCGGGAUGCUCCAGAGGAUGGAGAAGCUCGCCAGGGAGGUGGAGAAGAGCAAUCACCGCGUGCUCGACCAGGAAAAGCGGAACCUGGUGCUGAGGUCCAAGACAGCAGGACUGUAAUAAAAGACCGAAGCUUCUUUCGGUCUCAGCAAGUGUGUAUAUGCUCCGGAAUAUCGGAGCAGCGUGUCUCCGGUUAGGGAUUGAUUCGUGCAUUGCACGGCAGUAGUUAAUCCAUUGGAGUGAUGGCUCUCUAGGUGGUGUGCUCCAUGGUUGGAGUUGGGAGGACGGCUUGCCGUUCAGAAACCGAUGGUGCUGGCAAAGUGCAGCGUUGAGUCAUGGUCGUCGUUGCCCUGCUUCUCCUAUUCGUUUCUCUUGUGAUUGAGCAGACUGAGUUGUAGUUUUUCUUCAGACGCAGCGUGACAACAUUUAUGCUAUGGAGAGAAUGAUUUGUUAUGGUGAUUA